AGGCCGCAGCUUCCGCCGGCGCCGAUCGCUGAGCUCGCCCCUGCCCUUGGUCGUGGGGUCGUUGUUGGCAGCGGGGGCAGCAGCAAUCAUGGUGAAUUUAAUUCAGAUGGUGCGUGACCACUGGGUUCAUAUACUUGUCCCUGUGGGAUUUGUUGUUGGAUGUUAUCUGGACAGACGAAAUGAUGAAAAACUAACUGCUUUCCGGAACAAGAGUAUGUUAUUUAAAAGGGAAUUGAAACCCAGUGAAGAAGUUACCUGGAAGUAAAAGCUAUGGCUAAAUUAUAGAAUGUUCAUAUUUUAAAUACAUGAGACAAAUAAAAACAUGUUUAUUAUUUGAA